AUGACUAUAUCGUCAUAUCUCACAUCAACCUUUCCUGAUCUUCCAAUUGAAGUCAAAGAUUACGUUGAAGCAGUUUUAAGAGAAAAUGCUGAUGAUUUACUGUCGAAAGAAGAUAUUGUCGAGGCUAUCGGUAUGCACAUACAAAGUUCUGUGGAGGGGCUUAGUGAUGAGGCUGUUGAGCUUGUAUGUGAAAAGCUUGCGUUCUUGCUUCAUAACGGGAAAAAUGUUACUCAUCAAUCAAAUGAAAUUGCUCAGCGACGUCUUGAACAGACUGUUGAUAUAAGUGCGCAGCAUUUUGAUUCGGAGGAUAUUACAAGCAUAUGGAAAGUUAAUACGCGUGAAACACCCUCGCAAGUCGAUAGGAAGAAACUUGAAAAGGCUGAAACACGCGCAUUAGAAAAAGCCACAAAACGUGAAAUUGGCGAUGAUUCAAAAACACAGAAAAGGAAGCCGUCUGAUCUUGUAGCUACAGCUUCGCAGUCAACAAGUCGUCGUGAUGGGAAAUCAGAUAGUUCCGGAGGUGGAAAUAUGAUGGAUGUACACCUUAAUAAUGUUGAUAUAUCAAUAGGACCUAAGCAGUUACUAUGUAGUGCUGAUCUUGUUUUAACUUAUGGUCGACGUUAUGGUCUGGUUGGUCGAAAUGGAGCUGGGAAGUCUACUUUUCUGAAAAUGAUUUCUUCGAAACAACUUAUGAUUCCCUCCAAUAUCACCGUAUUAAGUGUUGAACAAGAGGUGGAAGGCAGUGAUACAGAAGUAAGACAAUCUGUGUUACAAAGUGAUACUCGAAGAAUGUCACUGUUACGUCGUGAAGAAAAAUUGCAGAAACUGCUCAAAGAAUCUCUUAGCAAUGAGGAUAAAGAGAAAUACAGUAAUGAAUUAGGGAAAAUUUAUACAGAAAUGGAAGAAGCCCAAAUUGACAGAGCACCUGCACGUGCUGCUUCAAUACUUUUUGGACUUGGUUUUACACCGGAAGAGCAGAAACAGCCUACAAGAGAAUUUUCGGGUGGUUGGAGAAUGAGGUUAGCUUUGGCAAAGGCAUUAUUUAUGAGGCCUGACUUGCUCUUGUUGGAUGAACCAACAAACAUGUUAGAUAUGAGAGCAAUAAUUUGGUUAGAAAAUCAUCUUCAGGAAUGGGCCUCUACAAUUGUGAUAGUUUCUCAUGAUCGCAGUUUUUUGAAUACUGUUUGCACGGAUAUUAUACACUUGCAUUCAAAGAGGCUAGAUCAAUAUAAAGGUAAUUAUUCCAUUUUCGAGAAAACAAUGAAAGAGAAACUAACGCAGCAAGAAAGGGAAUACGAGGCACAACAGCAGUUUCGUCAACAUACUCAAGAAUUUAUUGAUAAAUUUCGAUACAAUGCUAAACGAGCAUCAAUGGUUCAAAGCCGUAUCAAAAUGCUUGAAAAAUUACCAGUAAUUAAACCUGUUAUCUUGGAAGGUGAAGUGAAAUUGAGCUUUCCCGACUGCGAAGUACUGAAUAAUUUGGUACUGCAAUUGGACGAUGUUUCUUUUAGAUAUACGUCUGUUUCACCCAUUAUAUUUACUAAGCUGCAAAUUGGUUCAUAUGCGGAUUCACGCAUUUGCAUUGUUGGAGAAAAUGGAGCUGGUAAAACGACACUGCUAAAAUUGCUUCUUGGUGACUUGUCGCCAACAAGUGGUUUUCGUAAUGCUAAUCGCCGCUUAAAAAUAGGAUACUUUUCGCAACAUCAUGUUGACCAGCUUGACAUGGACAUAUCUGGUAUAGAAGUAUUGGAGAAAAAAUUACCCGGUAAAACUCAAGAAGAAUACAGAGCCGCCCUUGGUCGGUUUGGGCUUUCUGGUGAUUUAGCGCUGCAGUCGGUCGUAACUCUUUCUGGAGGACAAAAAUCCCGUCUCGCUUUUGCGAGUAUUGCUAUGUCGAAUCCUAAUUAUUUGAUUAUGGAUGAACCUACAAACCAUCUGGACGUAGAAACAGUUGAAGCAUUAGGCAGGGCGCUGAACUCGUUUAAGGGAGGAGUGUUGAUUGUUUCUCAUGACGAAAAACUCAUUGAUAUGGUUUGUAAAGAACUAUGGGUAGUUAAGGAUCGUUGUGUGAUGACAUUGGAAGGAGGCCUAGAAGAAUAUAAGAGACAUGUCAGGACGCAGCUCGCCCUCUGA